AUGGAGGCGCGGGGUCUGGCCGCAGACCGGGCCGCGCUGCCCUCGGAAACAGUUCUCGCCGGAGGGUCGUCCCCGGGUCCCGGACUCGGGAAGGAAGGGCGGCCGCCGCUGCUCCGGGAAACUUUGGCGGCGGCGAGGCCGGGUGGCCGACUCCCCCCCGCAGGGAUGCCGCGCGCCCCGCCCCGAUCCCGGCCUGGCGAGGGGGGCGCCCGGUUUCUGCCGCCGGAGGGCGCCCUGACGUCCGCACCGGCAACGAGCCCCCCUCACAGGCCGACUCUGCAGCGCCCGGACCCCGGCUCCACCCGCCGACCUUCCUUCUCCCCACCCCCCGGCGCCCCCAGCGCGUUCGGACGCGCCGCCCCCUCCCCGGCUGGAUCCCGGCUCCUCCCCUCCACUCGCAGCCCGGCGGGGUCGAGGCUGUCCGGGAGGAGGGGGGCGGAGGCGGCGGUGACCGAGGUUUCUAGUUUCUGGGCGAUUCGCCGGGUCCGGGGCGGCCCCUGCGUCGGAGAGCAAUGGGGGAGUCGUGAGGUGGACUCCAGGAUGGGGCCCACUCUGGGGAGGAAGCGCCGACCGCCACCCCGCUGCCCGCAGAUCCUCCCCGCCAACCCGGCCACUGGCAGACCUGGCGGCGCCGGGCCCUGCGCGGGCGGAGAGGUGACCCCCCACCCCCACCUCCCGGAGGUGGGCGCAGGGUUCAAGGGGUCCUGGUGA